AUGGAUGAUGAAACACAUCUAUGCUUUGACACCAAAACAACUCAACAAUCGAGUGAAUGGCACUUGAAAGGUGAAGCGAGACCAAAAAGACCACAUCAAAAAGUGAUAGAAUCGUACUUUUAUCUUUGGCGUUUUACUCAUGAUCCAAAAUAUCGAGAGUGGGGAUGGGAAGCUGCACAGGCUAUAGAAAAACACUGUCGGGUUGAAAAUGGUUUCACAGGACUCAAAAAUGUAUACGUUUUGGACAGUCCUAAAGACGAUGUUCAGCAGAGUUUCUUUUUGGCCGAGACAUUAAAAUAUCUUUAUCUUUUGUUUUCCGAAGACGAUUUGAUUCCAUUAGACAGCUGGGUCUUCAAUACAGAAGCUCAUCCUUUACCAAUCAAAGGAAAAAAUGUUGCCUUCAAGGAAUCCAGUUGA